AUGCUUGGCCGGGGCUUUGCACUUUCAGCCUUGUCCCUGACCCUUCCGCUGGGUUGGGCCGAGGAAGAUCCCCAAUCUAAUGUUUCAGAACAGUCGUAUGCAGUCCUAUAUCCUCCGUAUACUUAUGUCCCGUCUGUUUUCGCCGACUGGAAACCUCAUCCACAUGGUUGUCCAUUUCUUAAUCGCAAUGGAAGCGUGAACCCGCUUGGUCCAUCUCAGCAUCCCUGGCCUCCACAAUCUCCUCCAGGAUUGCCGCCGAUCCAGCCAGGCCAGCCAUCAUCGUUUUGGUACGAAGAAAUUCAACAUGAUGGUAUCAGUCCUUUCAUAUCGAACGCGUCGGACUGGGUUGUUUAUCGAAAUGUGAAGGACUACGGUGCCAUUGGGGAUGGUAGCGCUGACGACUCUGCUGCCAUCCAAGCAGCGGUCAACGCCGGCGAUCGAGGCCCUGGUGGGAAUGGCAAAGGCACAACUGGUGCACCUGCUGUGAUUUAUUUUCCCGAGGGGACCUAUCUCAUGGGCCACCCCGUUCAAUUGUAUGUCGACACGGUAUUCCUGGGGAAUCCCAUUGCUCGACCAACACUCAAAGCAUCCUCGACCUUUAACGGGACCACGUUGAUUUAUGCCAAAGAUCCGGCCCUGGACGCCACGAUCAAUUUCUACAUCGGUGUGAAAAAUUUGGUCUUUGAUUCUACGAGUGUUGCGCCAGACACAGAAUUUCUCCUUAUGGACUGGUCGGUCAGUCAAGCUACGCAACUAACGAACAAUCUGUACCGAAUGCCACGAGGAUCUUCACAUACCGGUGUCGCAAUGCCGGAAGGGGGCUCAGGAACGUUUAUGGGCAAUCUGGCUUUCGAAGGCGGCUUCAUUGGGUUAAAUUUCAACAAUCAACAAUACAGCGUCAAGGACGUAUCUUUCAGUGGCUGCAGUACUGGCAUCGUAAUCAGUCAUGGUUUUGAUAUUGUCUUCCAGGGUAUUGAGUUCACGGACUGUGACAUCGGCAUUAAUGCUACCGCCGGAGAUGUGGGAAACGUGGGCAGCUACGUCUUACUUGAUUCUGCAGCAGAAUCUGUCGAUACGCUGAUCUUGACCAAGAGCCAAACCCCUCCUGGAUCUAAUACUACGACCGGAGAUGAUUCGGUAGUUCUCGACAAUGUCCAUGUGCACAACGUUGGGAGAGUGGUAGUGGCGGGAAACACAACUCUAUUGACCGGUGGCGUGGAUAAAACAUGGGUUUACGGAAAUGCGUACAUGCAGAAUGGCCGUAUCGGAGGUACUCAUGAUAACGGAGUGAUAUCUGACACUGCGAGAAGUCUUCCGCUGCUAUCUGGCAACAGAUAUGCCACAUUCUCUCCACCAACAUACCAGGAAUUUGAUGUCAGACAGGUUGUCAAUAUCAAGAACGUGACGGGUCUGCCGGUGUUUGGUGAUGGACAAACUGAUGACACCGACAACAUCAAUGCCAUUCUUGCAUUGACUGCUGGCUGCGCGGUCACAUUCUUCCCAGCUGGAACGUACCUAGUCACGUCUACAAUCAACGUCCCACCUGGAUCUCGGCUCAUUGGCGAAGCAUGGUCCGCUAUUUCAGCUGUGGGAGCAUCCUUCGCUGAUGCCAACAAUCCUCAGGUGAUGGUACGAGUCGGUGAACCAGGUGAAGUCGGCAUGGCGCAGAUCAGCGACAUGCUCUUCACCGUUGCCGAUGUCCUCCCGGGCUGCAUUUUGGUCGAAGUCAACAUGGCUGGAGCGAAGCCAGGCGACAUUGGUUUCUGGAAUUCGCACUUUCGCGUCGGUGGCGCCGCCGGGUCAGCCGCCGAAACCAAGUGCGCCGACGCAUCGAAUCCCUGCCAAGCAGCGUUCCUGCUGCUACACCUGACGGCUUCGGCGGCGUCAGUGUAUGUCGAAGACAUGUGGGGUUGGACCGCGGAUCACGACCUCGACGGCACCAACCCGCAAACCGUCGCCACGGGUCGAGGGUUGUUGGUCGAGUCUCCGGGCCCUGUGUGGCUUGUUGGCACUGCCUUCGAGCACAAUACAUUGUACCAGUACAACUUCGUCAAUGCCGCCAAUCUCUUCGUCGGGAUGCAACAGAGCGAGACUCCGUAUUGGCAAGGUACCGGAUCCCCGGCUCUCGCGCCAGCACCAUGGCUUCCAGACAGUCGCUACAACGACCCGACCUUUUCGAACUGUGCCACUGACGAUGCCAACUGCCGAAUGGCAUGGUACCAACGUGUUGUGGGCGGCAGCGACGUCUCCAUCUACGGCAGCGGCUUCUGGACUUUCUUCAACCACGUCGGCGAUUGCCAGGGCGCCGAUGGGACUUGCCAGAACAAUGCUGUUGAGAUCACUGAAAAUCCCCAGCGUCUCUUCUGGUGGAACCUCAAUACGCGUGGAGUCUUGAACCUUGUAAUUGACCAAGGACAAGUUCUUGCCACUCAAAACAACAACCCGGGUUCCUGGGGAGCCGUUGUCGCUGCGGUCUUGACGCACUCGGGCCUAAUGGCCCAGAAGCUCUUCAAGAGGUUCUCAAGAUAG